AUGUCCAACGGCCUUACUUUCACUCUCAACAACGGCGUCAAGAUCCCCGCUGUCGGGUUCGGAACCUUCGCCAACGAGGGCGCCGUCGGUGAGACCUACAAGGCUGUCACAGAAGCUCUGAACAUCGGAUACAGACACCUGGAUUGCGCCUGGUUCUAUCUGAACGAGGGUGAGGUCGGUGAUGCGCUCCAGGAUUUCCUGAAGAAGAACCCCAACGUCAAGCGCGAGGAUAUCUUCGUCACUACCAAAGUCUGGAACCACCUGCACCGUCCUGAGGAUGUGAAGUGGUCUCUGGAGAACUCUUUGAAGAAAUUCAAGCUCGACUACGUGGAUCUGUUCCUGGUUCACUGGCCCAUUGCUGCGGAGAAGGAGUCGUACGAGAAGCCCAAGAUUGGGCCUGAUGGAAAGUAUGUGAUCCUGGAAGAUCUUACCAAGAACCCCGAGCCCACAUGGCGGGCCAUGGAGGAGCUGUACAAGGAGGGCAAGGCCCGCGCCAUCGGCGUGUCCAACUGGACGAUCGAGGGACUAGACCAGCUGCUCAAGAUCGCCAAGGUCAAGCCGGCCGUCAACCAGGUCGAGAUCCACCCCUUCCUGCCCAACGAGGAGCUGGUGCAGUACUGCUUCAAGCACGACAUUCUGCCCGAGGCCUACUCGCCGCUGGGUUCGCAGAACCAGGUGCCGACCACCGGUGAGCGCGUCAGCGAGAACCCGACUCUGAACGAGAUCGCCAAGAAGGGCGGCAACACCCUGGCCCAAGUGCUGAUCGCCUGGGGCAUCCGCCGCGGCUACGUGGUGCUGCCCAAGAGCUCGAACCCGGCCCGCAUCGAGUCCAACUUCAAGAGCAUCACCCUCUCGGACGAGGACUUUGCGGCCGUCAACAAGGUCGCCGAGGGUCGUCAUUUCCGCUUUGUCAACAUGAAGGAUACCUUUGGCUACGAUGUGUGGCCUGAGGAGACCGCCAAGCAGAUGUCUGCUUAG